GUCUGGGGAAAAAAAGAAAAGCUCUGGGCGCACAGCACAGCCGGAGAGGUCUAGAGAGCGCCACAACUGCACUGUCACUUCAGUCACACUUUGGCACGCAGACAAUACAGAAGACUUCCACGCCUAAAUAUGCCCCUUUCAAGCAGCUCCACGUCCUCCACAAAGAGCAUCCGCAGAGCAGCAUCCGAGCUGGAGAGGUCUGACUCCAUCACGGUUUACCUUGACUGCACCGCUGUCCUAAUGCGCAUUUGGAGAUGUAGAGCGCUCCCAUCAAAUACCAAAAGAGAAAUCCCAAAGUCUCCAAGAUUCAUCGGCAGGCGUCAAAGCUUGAUCGAGGACGCGCGCAAGGAGAGGGAAGCCGCCGCCGCAGCGGCAGAGGCUGCAGAGGCCAGUGAACAGAUAGUGUUUGAGGAGGACGACGGGAAAGCGCUCCUGAACAUCUUCUUCACUUUAAGAAGCUCCAAGACACCUGCCCUGUCGCGGACACUCAAAGUUUUCGAGACAUUUGAAGCUAAGAUUCACCAUUUGGAGACGCGACCAUGUCGGAAGCUCAAGGAGAACCUGGAAGGUCUGGAGUACUUUGUUCGCUGUGAGGUGCACCUCUCAGACGUCAGUACUCUUAUCAGCUCCAUCAAGAGGAUUGCAGAGGAUGUUAAAACCACCAAAGAAGUCAAAUUCCACUGGUUCCCAAAAAGAAUAGUAGAUUUGGACAGAUGUCAUCAUCUGGUCACAAAAUUUGAUCCAGACUUGGAUCAAGACCAUCCUGGCUUCACAGACCCUGCUUACAGACAGAGGAGGAAAAUGAUUGGAGACAUCGCCUUCAGAUACAGACACGGGGAUCCGAUUCCCAGAGUGGAAUACACAGAGGAGGAGAUUGGUACAUGGAGGGAAGUCUACUCAACUCUGAGGGACUUGUACGUCACCCAUGCCUGCAGUGAAUACCUCGAGGCCUUCCGUCUCCUGGAAAGGCAUUGUGGGUACAGUCCAGACAACAUUCCCCAGUUGGAGGACGUGUCACGCUUCCUCAAAGAGCGUACAGGGUUCAUACUGCGUCCAGUGGCAGGUCUGCUCUCAGCCAGAGAUUUCCUGGCCAGUUUGGCAUAUCGAGUGUUCCAGUGCACCCAGUACAUCCGACACGCCUCUUCCCCUAUGCACUCCCCAGAGCCUGACUGCGUCCAUGAACUGCUGGGCCACGUCCCCAUGCUGGCCGACCGUACUUUUGCCCAGUUUUCACAGAACCUUGGUCUGGCAUCACUUGGAGCUUCGGAUCAAGAUAUUGAGAAACUGUCCACAUUAUACUGGUUCACCGUCGAGUAUGGCUUAUGCAAACAGAACGGGGAGGUGAAGGCUUACGGUGCUGGACUGCUUUCCUCUUAUGGAGAGCUUGUGCACUCACUGUCCGACGAACCAGAGACAAGAGAGUUUGAUCCAGAGGCCGCAGCGGUGCAGCCGUAUCAAGAUCAGACAUACCAGCCUGUCUACUUCAUUUCUGAGAGUUUUUCAGAUGCCAAGGAGAAAUUUAGAACCUACGUGACCGGUAUCAAACGUCCCUUCUCAGUGAGGUUUGAUCCGUACACCAGCAGUGUGGAGGUGCUGGACAACCCGCUGAAGAUCCAAGGAGGCCUGGAAAGUGUGAAGGAUGAGCUUAAGAUGCUGACAGAUGCCCUCAGUGUUUUGUCAUGAUGAUGCCCAGUCUGUGACCACCCUGCUGUUGUUUGCUUCCCCUCCGCUGCGCUCUGCGACAUGUGACAAGACCAAUGUGUUCAUCUUUCUGUGCUGUACCUCCAGUAUGAUGCUGUUUCCGAUGAGUUGUUGCUUGUUUGAUGCUGGCUGGUUGGCCGACAAGGUUGCAACCAAUUUAAACCUCAACACGCAGUUUCCAAAGAUGUUUACCGCCUCUCUGGGUAUGGACCCAUUUGUGAAAUGAUGGGGGAAUCAAAAAAUUUGUUGUUUAAGAAAUAUGUCAAAAUCUGAACCAAAAUCAAAGGGAACUGUGAUAAUGAAUGUAUUAAAAGAAAACUAAAUGGGUAUGGUGUAACUAUUUUAAAAUCAAAGAAACUUAAUGGUAUAACAAAUAUUAAAAUGUAUAUUUAAAUCAAAUGUAUUUUAUUUAAGAAAAAAAAGAUCUCUACUGUGUUAAAGGCUUUAUUUUCCAGAUAUGUGAAUUCAGUAUUUGAGCAUUACUUCUAACCUUGCUGAUUUUUGGUUUUAUGCAGUUUUGUCUUGCAAUGUUGACGCAUAAUAAAAGAAAUAAUAAAACAUACUUUCCAUGUAAUGUACUGUUGAUCAAGAAUCUGUCAAAUAAUAAAGAAUAGCAAGUUAAAAA